CCGAAGUGCAGAAAUGAGCUCACGCAAAUAUUUUUUUCCAUGCGCGGAUACUGUUCAGCGCGCUCGCGGAUUAUAAAUGCGCUCUCGCGAGGGUGUGUUUGAACUGUUCUGCGCGCUUAAAUCACGCGUGUGCGUGUGGUCUUCAUGUGCGCGAGUUUUGGGUCUGAAUAUAUUUAUAAAAAUAAAAUAAAUGGAACACAAAACGGCCCCAAACAAGAAAGGCCGAACCACUGGCAAACAUAGUAAAUAAACAAAUUCAGCCAUGAGAGAGUAAACAUAAAAAAAGAAAGAUGAGACUUUAGACGAAGCUUCAGUGAAAGGCGAGGGUUAAACGGAGACUAGGAGACUUGAGACGAGAUGAGACGUGAAGGGAAACCAGCCAUGCGACAAAACUUGAGAUGUGAGAAGAAGAAAGACAAGAAAAUACGUAAUUAGACUUAUGAUGAAUCUUGAGACACAGAGAGAUGAGACUUCGGAUGAGGACAUCAAAUAUGUCAUGAUCCCUGAGGGCCUGAGGGACUUCCAGUGGCUCCAAGGCAUUCAAAAGGGAAAAGAGGCCAUAGGGGACUUUAAGGGUGUGAGACCGCUGAGUUUCUUCAAUGGUCAUUUCAAUGAGAGCAGAUUUUAUGUUCUUCAUCCAGAUUUACUUCAAUACAUUCGCAACAGGUGGAUGCCUAUGGAUCUGUUACAGAAGACCACCAUAAGUAGGCUACUCCAACUAUUACUUCGAAAAGUUCAAAAGACCAGUGUCAUUUUCUAUAUUAACCAUGACUAUGGCUUGAAGAUUGAGACUUGGAAGAAACUACAUUUAGCAUGACAUUUUUGUGUUAGUUAUUGACAUUUCGAAAGCCACAGCUCCGUUACACUCAUUUUACACUAUUUACACAUGCAAU